CUAGCGUUUCUGCAGAUUCUUGGCGCGUGCUGCUCUGCUCCUAUUGUUUUCCUAUUGGUCUUGGCCCGAGUGGUUGCUGUGGGUGCAAUGAAACAUUGAUUGCCGAAGGAGAAGCUGAGGAAAAAUCUGCGUUUCUGCGCCAGAUCGUUACUCAGCGGCUCGGCCAAGUUGCUUGCCUCAGUUUUUGGUCAAAAUGCAGGAUGGACUCAUUUCCCGGACCGGGGCAGCGAUCUAUGCCGGUGGCAUCGGUAAUGGUGCCGGCGGAAGCGCUAGUGGCCAGCAACAGUUUUCACCGAGCAAAUGUUUCCCCUCACGAUCCUCUCCAAGCCACUCCACCGGUCGGGCCAAUGAGUUCAAGCUGUGUGGCUACGAUGGCAGCAGCGGCAGCGGUAUCACCGGUGCAGCCAGUGGUGGUGGGGCAAUCGGUUCGAUGAGCUCGCUGAUCGAUGAAGGAGGUUCGAGCGGUGGUAGCAGCAGCGGUGGACUAGCGGCCAAAGCCGACAUCUUUGGUGUGCUAGAGUUCUGGCUUAAGCUACGGCACGAUCUCCGAACGUUGCCGUGGGAACAGCUAAGGGCAGUUAAGCUCAAGAACCCUCGUGCCGCGCGAGGUUGUGCCUACAUUCCGACAGAGGUUGAACAUAUAGCGAACGUGCUCACGCACGGUAUGUGGGUUCUGCCUUCCAUCUACGGUGGGUUCCAUCUGUAUUGGCGAAGCUAUACGGUCGCCCAAACACUGGCCGCCAUCAUCUACGGUAUCUCGCUAUCGAUGCUGUUCCUUGUGUCCACCUGCUUUCACUGUGUGUGCUACUGCAACCACGAUCGCCCGAUGAAGGAUGUGCUGCACCGGUGUGAUCGUGCAAUGAUUUACAUCUUCAUUGCCGGAUCGUACUACCCUUGGCUUAGCCUCGGUCACACCACACACCCGGAGAUUGUUUCCAUUGUCAAGUGGAUUGUGUGGGUGAUGGCAGUUCUUGGUAUCAUCUAUCAACAGAUGUUUCACGAACGGUACAAGUGUUUGGAAACAUUCUUCUACGUCGUCAUCGGAGUGGGUCCAUCGCUCGUGAUUGUACUGUGGGGCCAUGAGUUUACCGGGAUGGCCGAGCUAAAGUUCGGUGGCAUACUGUACAUAGCGGGAAUUUUGUUUUUUAAAGCGGAUGGACUGAUUCCAUUCGCCCAUGCCAUCUGGCAUAUGUUCGUUGUGAUCGCGGCCUGUGUGCAUUACUUCGCCAUCCUGACACACCUCUUUCCCCUGUCACCACCAGUGAUCGCUAACGAGGUAGACGGUUUGAGCGAGCUGUAAACGCACUCUUGUUCGAGUGGAAGAGGCGACACGAUGAGGAUAACAGACUUGUUGCUGGUCAAUUGAGUCGCCCCUUUUUUCGUCACCCACCUUAUUCUCAUCUUAUUGUUUUUGUGUAACUGAAGGAACCUGCUUCCGGGGUUCCGUCUUUGUGUGUUCAUUUGUCUCAUCAUCCCUGCCAGUGUGGCUAUUUCAUCUAUCAUCUGGAGUUCUUAACAUCGCUAAGCGAAAACUAGUACUAGGAGAGAAUAAUCAAAUCGUGUUUCGUUGCUCAAUUUUAACGUAGAGUACGUUCCAAAGACCUGUUAAAUACUCUUUUUUCAGUUGUAACUUGCACGCUCCAAAAUUCCUUUAGCUAAUUGUGAGAAUGAUUUUCCAAUUUUUUUUCUUGGAUGUUCUAACUCAGUCGGUCGAGAAGCGUCGGGGCUAUAACACUCCCUCUGUUCGUUCGUUAUGUGAUACGUUAGGAGCAAGAUAUGUUAGACUUAGUAUACGUUGCUUCAAAGAUAAGAAAGAUAAUUUAAACGAAUACGUUCGUUUAUAGAUUUGUAUAAAAAUUCAUCAUUAAUUUGUCUUUUGACUUCGGCAUGCCUUAUGUUCCUGACCGGGUGGAUCCUUCAUUCCAUUCAGCUCUUUGUAGUUUAAGUUAGAUUUGCAUUAGUCAAUACCAAGACGUAAGGAAUUGAGAAGAAGAUAUAACAUAGGCAUAUUGGUGUUUAGCAGUUCACUUGGGUACCGUUAGUAUUAUCAGUAGUAGUAUCAGUUAGUACAUACAAUUAUGUUCUCUUCUUAUACUGCUGUCUUACACCGAUGCAAAAGAGGGAUGAACUUGCAGAAAAAAUGAACUUAGAUCCAACAACCUUACCCACCAAUGAAUUUCGAAUGGAAAGUUCUGGUUAGCUCUCGGUUAGCUAGGCUUUAGAAUGGCAACAUCCACCGAUGGUUUCUUCUAUUUUUAUCGUACAGUUGUUUGUGUUCAGAUGCUGGUAAGGCAUAAGAAAUGAUAGAGUUGUUGAGAAGAGGCUGAAGAUAAAACAAAAGGACUGGGGUCAAAUCAACCAUGACAUGAUAAACGGACAUGUAGAUGCAUUCUACGGUGUGAAAGUAGAAAUUAAUGCAAAACGAAUAUUGUACUCGAACACUUUUAAAACCACGGUAUACUCUCUAAUUGCAACCCACCAAUUCGAUAUCAAAGCAAACAGAAUCUAGUAGCCCAUUAGUACGAGUUAGUUCUUGAAUGUUAACAAACCAUUUUCCGCUUCUCGGAAUAACAGAUAGAUAAAAAUGAUAUUAAAAACAGACACCUCGUGUCUUACAUAGCCUAGGAUUUGCUAGGGUAGAGCGUUAAACAGAAAUAGGGAUCAAAUAUGUAGGAGUAAAAAUGCUUCUUAUUGCAACAAUUGAACGACAAAUGUAUUCAACAGCAGUAGCCACAUCAACAACAGCAACAACAAAUUAUGCCAAAAUUAUGUCCUCCUCGUGUAUGGCGAGUAUAGAGUUUAGAGAAGCCACAGCAGGGGCCCACUUUACAUAGAACUUUCUUGUCAAUACCGAUGCGCACUUAUACUCACUGCACAGAUAGUUGCCAAUAGAGCGAAGUUAGUAGAGGUAUACAUAUAUUAAAACACCACCACAAUUCGGGAAUGUUAGGGAAUGAGUCAAAGGGAUAUGGUAUAUGUUGUAGGUAAUUGAGACUGUGAAUAAACCCAAACGAGAAACAAUUCUCCAAUAAUAGAGGUCUGCAAAGUA